AAGCUUACGAAUUUUAUUUGUUUAUCAUAAAUUUCAGAAACACCCCGCUUAUAGCGCAUCAUAAAAGAUGGGCGACACGAAAGACGGUCCUUGGAAAGACCCUUUCGUGCAAUCGGCCCCUGGGUAAUUCGUAACGGCUAACGCGCGCAGGGCCGAGUCGCAGCUACAGACAGACAGUGUCAGUGACAAGGGGAUUGUCAAUGCAGUGCAGUGCAUUAACACAAGCAGACGCCGAAGAGUUGAAUUUGAGUCAAUUAAAACGCAAUUAAACCUAUAUCACGACUGUCACAUUGACUUCAAAUACUACAUGUAUCUACAGGAAGUAUUUCUCACCACUCCUAACUGUUCUAAAGCUCUGACUUGGCUGUUGUUCAGCCAAUAAAGGACUCUCAAGUUCUACUGAGACACGAUUUAGGUCGUCCUCCAAUUCCGCCAUGUUUACAUCCGUCAGCUGUUAUUCUCGCUUUUCGAGGUGAGAUUUGGCGAGAUUUCGCUACACCAGUUGACCCCUUUCGACCUUUUCUCGGAAGUCACCAAGCAACGAAACCGUAUUACACAAAUACGAGCAAGCGGAUGGAUAAUAUUUCAUGUUAAAAACUUACCAUUUUGUUAAGCUUUACUAUUUUUCAUUACCAUUUGUAAUGUAAAGUCAUCGAAUUUUCGCAGAUUUGAAAAUACUCAAAAUCGGAACAGAUUUACACGGCAAUUAUGUGAGGCUUCAUUUUCCCUUCGCGGAGGAAUAUUUACAAACAAGAUUUGUGGUGCGGUUACUCUAUUUACGUGUGUUGUCUAUGAGAUCGAGAGUGCUGGAGGUUCAGGAGGAAAGAACAAGUGUUUGUGGAAACAAAUGUGGAAUUCUGCAUAAACUUUUGAGAGUUCAAAUUAAUUACCUUACCUAAAAUUCAAUCUGUGUAGUUUUUAUCCGAGAGGUGGAAAUACGUAACGAGCUGCAAGAUGUCUUUCGCCGACAUGGCUGUGAUGGAGACGUUUCGUCUGCUCGACAAGGUUCGAGCUGAGGGUCCAAAAGAACGUCCAGAAAGACCUAACAUAGAUUUUCCACAGGUCAAACCACACAAACCGAAUAAGCCAAAGGAAUCAAAGAACCAAAGAACCGAUCCUCUACGUAUCCUAGACCCUGGAAGGAAGAAACUUACAACAGUUGAAUCACAAAGAAUUUUGGCAGUAUUGGACGAGAGCAUCAAGAAUGCUGAGGUUGUAAGCUUGCUACCUUACGCUUGUGAAAAUGUCAAUCGUUUCAGCGUUGUUCUUGGUAUCGAGACAGUUGUUACUAUACAGGAGCAUGAAAAGAUCCAGAGUGCAUUUAAAGAUGCUGCAAAAAAACUUAGCGAUUACAAAAAUAUGGACAAAGUCGAGUCUCGAAAAUCUACCCCAGCAGCACGCGCAGCUGAGUCUGAGAUACAACCCACCAAUGAUGAUGAAGAUAAUUAUGAUGAAGUUCAGAUGAUUGAGAGCAGGAGGCAAACUCCAUCCGAUAGAUUAGACAAAGUUGACUCAAUUUCACUUAUUGAUGAGGAAGAAGUGCAGCUUUCAAAAAUGGUGAAUGUUCAAGCGCAGCAGUUGAAGUUUUCAUGUAGAAAUAUCCUGCGGUUGCUGAGCUUGAACCCAGCAGCAGUCAAUGCCCUGAGGUCUGAGAUCAAAGAGCGAGGCCCAGAGUCUAGUUCUAUGAUUGGAUACAUGAAGGAUCUGAGAUCAUUUAUUCUGGAAAGACUGCUUACCACGCCCUUGGAAGAGAAAGAGAAAACAGAUUAUCUCAGGGAGAUCACAAUCAGGGAGCAUAAGAAUUCUGAUGUCAUCAAGAAACUUUCUGCUGAGCUACAGGAGGCAAUUGAAGAUAAAGACAUGAAGAUCUCCAAACAAAAUGAUGAAAUUCGUCGACUAAAGGGCGACCUCCACCAGUUAGAGAAAUUCUCUGAGGAGCACAUCAGGAGAACUAAAUCAGAAGCUGACAAACAGCAACAGGCAGACUUCAAGAACUCUGAAGUCAAACAGACCAAGUUACACUCUGAUCUUCAGGGUCUACGUACCCAGCUGACCAAUCAGACAUCAGAGCACAGAGAGAGCGAGUUAGCUUUGAGAAAAAGAAAAUAUAUGAUUGAAACUGAAGUAGAAAACUGGAUCCAGAAAUAUGAUCAAGAUAUGGGCGAGAGACAGGCUGAGUUUGAAGACCUUGACGCAAUCUACACUGAGGAGAAAGCCCAACUCAACGAACUCGAAGAGAGAUUCAAGACCCUGGAGGAAGAAUACAAGCGAAUUGUUGAGGAGAGGCGCAUUGCACAAGAAAAGAAGGAACGAGAAGAGAGGGAAUUAGCUAUGAUGAUCAAGGCUUCAACAAUCAUCCAAGCAUUCUGGAGGUCGUAUAAAUGUAGGAAAGCUCUGAAGAACAAGGGAAAGAAGGGCAAAAAAGGAAAGAAAGGAAAGAAGGGAAAGCGAUAAAUUAAUAGAUUUCACAUUAUUUGUGAUUCUUUUAACUUUGGUGCAUCAUUGUGGCUAUUCAAAUAAAUCAGACAAAAUGGAAUUAAUUUUUGUGUGUGAUGCCACAUACACAGGGGGAUACAUCUCUCAAUUUUGAUGAAUUCUUUAUGAUUCUUUAUUAAACUUAAACUCGGACAUUCCUAGUAAAGCAUUUUGUAAUCUGACUCUGUACAGAUCAUUUGAUAUUCGACACAUGACCAAGUGCUCUGAAACAGUUUGGUUCUUUUCAAUAUCUUUAGAUCAUUUUCAUUUUUCAGGUUGUAUUUAUACACAUAUUGAUGUACAAAGUGGAGUUUAGCUUGCACUUUAACUCAAAAUGAACAUGAAUGAUUCAUAUUCAUUCUCACUGACCUGCAUGUUGAGGUCAAAGUUAUCAUUACAUUUACGUUACUGUAUUAAAAGGAAGAAUUGGAGAGGAAGAUUUUUGUUUACGUUCGGUAUAGAUGAUUAGCACUGAAAUUUGCUGUAGCAUGCCUGUAGAUUAUAGAAUCACUGAUGGUAGGUAUUUUGCCUUUGUAUACAAUUGUUGCCUUGAUAACAUAUUCAGCAGGUCUCGGCUCUUUCUCAAACACUGUUUUCCAGAUAAAUGUCUUUCAUUUUCAUGUUUGAUUUGAAUAUAUGCAAGCUAAUUGUUCUGAUUAGGUUUUGUAUUCUGAAAAUACCUGCAUUUUUAUUUUUUAUGCAAGAGUUGUGUAAGAAAUUCAAGUUAGCAUGGUCAAAGAAAACAUUAUAUAAAUAAUAAAGAAACAUUAUGGUAUAUAAAUAGUGAAAGGCUUCCUUUAAAAAUACCACCUUGAAAUAUAUCAGUCAUUUUGGUGUUUUAGUGAACCUGUGGUUGAGUUUAUACCUCACUUAUGAAGUGGCCAUUGCCAACUCAUUCAUUGUGUAUAGACUUCCUUAAUCCUGCAAUUAAAAGUGCAAAAUAGAUAAUUUAUUUAUUUAUUUUGCAAUGAAGUGAAGACAAAGAAGUAAUGCAUGUAUCAGCUCAGUUUGAAUUUCAAUGUUUUUUGUAUGUGCAUUAACUUUGUCAUUAAAUGUUGAGUGGCAAUGGAAAAAACACGAAAGUAGCAGUGAUAGAGAUUUAGAAUGAAAUUCUUUUUAGUCUGGACUUAAUUCUGAGUUACAUUUCCUUAUGAGUAAACCAUCCAUUGUCUGGUGUAAGAAUAUUUCAUCAGAAUUAAAAGUUUAUUGGGUUAGUAAACAUGUAUUGAGCAGGGUCUCCAUUGAGCAUUUAUUUUCAUAAUACAUGUUCUCCUUGCGUCAGAUACAUGUAUGUCCUUUGAUUUGAAACUACACUAUUUAUAAAUACUGAAUGAGCCAAAGUUAAUAUGUUCCCAUUACUAUUUCUGUUAGAAUUCCAAUUCUAUAUAAUUAUGUAAGAUGUGUAUAUAUAACAUUGUAUAUUUUAGCGUAUAUGAUUUUAAAUGAGAAUAUAUUCAAACAAAUUAAA